AAGGAGCUCGGCAGCCAGUGAGCACCGCUGAAACAGCAGCGGAAGGACAACUGAAGAAAGCAGACGCGACCUCCACACCUUCCUUCUGACCAUGGCGCUCGUGAGUAGCCACGCACGCUCCAUUGUCCUCUUCCUGAUUCUCGCGGUGACGAUGUGCUCCUCCACAUGGUGGCGCUGCCACGCACUUGCGCCAUGGACGUGCGCCACCUCCGAGACGCAGCCGUGCACUAUGUUUAAGUGCCUGGAGCAGUGCAGAGCCAGGGCACCAGGGAUCGUUCCUCACCCCCGCUGCGACCCCUCCGUCCACCCCGAGCAGUGCUGCUGCAGACGCCACGCGCCACCACCAACUCUGAGUGACAGCCAUGACGGCUGACCACCGUAACGUGACUGACACCGAAUGGACCAGGCGAUCGGCCUAUAAUGUACUAUCAACCUAUCUAUGUCAAAUACCCGAUCAAGAUUCAAUAAACUUCGCCCCGACGCUUUGCAAGAUUUCA